AUGACGACGGGCGCCGAGUUCAAGCCGGCGCUGUCCAAAAUGGGCACGUCCCAGCUCCGUGACCCUUUCGGCGCGGAUUCGGGCCGCCUAGGCACCCAGCCGCGCAUGUUCAAGAAGCAUAAGGUUCUCCCGCACCCCCGGAAAGAUGGACAAGUGGGGAUUCAACCAUCGGGGCCGAGAAAGUUUGAUGUUAGAACCAAGGCGCCACUGUCGCGAAGUUCUGGCCCACCCGGCUCAAGCCCUCAAAGCCAGAAAUCAAUAAGGGCAGGGGGAGGCCCUGAGCCUCCUCCGACGCCGCCAGCGCAUUCCCGAACAUCGUCGUCGAGUCAUUCUGUCAAGCUUACGAGCCCGACCUAUGUUAGCAGUCCUCUGCAAAGCGCCGAGAAUGUUUCGUCGCGUCCGCCGGCGACGCCAACAAACCAGGAAACCCCGCCGACCCCUAACCUGACUCCCGACCGAACGCCACCAGGGCCCUCUGAGCGCCGCGCUAACAAGCCACGGCCGCCGAUAAGCGAUCGCAUACCGUCAAAGGUGACCAUCGACUCGAGAACCGAGUCGUUCAGAACCGCCCCCGAGAACCCGUAUUCGUCGGAUGAUGAAGACGAUGGCAGGUCGACCUUGCGUCCGAUAAUACCGUCUGCAAAGACGUCCCAAAGCACCGUGCGCCAAGUCAACGCAGAAGUAAAGACAAAACCGCAACCGAUAGGCCUAGGGCUCGGGCUAGAAUCGAGUCCGGGAGGGGAACUGACACCCAAAACCGCAAAGGAAUUUAACACUUUUGAUGGUGACUGGGGCGAAGGCGGAGGCUCGAGUAGCGAGGUGGAGGAAGAGUGGGACUACAACUUAGGCCGGAACGUAAUAGUCAAGAAACGACGACCGACAAAGCAAGCGAGCGGGUUUAAGGAUGAGGUCUUUGAGGACCAAGCGACGGCCACUCUGACAAAUGCCACCAAGGCUCUGCGGUCGAUCUCUCUACAAGAGAGCCCGCUAGUCUACCCUUCUCGCAGGGUUGUUUCGGACCAACUUCCAGCUCGGACUGCUCCCUCGAACUCGGAGUCGUCUAUCAGCAUCGACUUGAGACGAUCUUCAAUCAUGUCCACCAAGUCAACAGCGUCGACUGUAGUCGAAGCAAUUCUCGUCGAGACAGUUCCUCAACGACGCAAGACUUUGCGCCAUGUGAGAAAGCAGAUUACGUUGCGAGACUCGAGCUCGGACCUGUCUCCAGCCAGCUCCGCUCCAACUUCCAUCUCAGCAACCGUCGACGACAAUCGUCGGCCACGCCUAUCGAGCACCAAAGUGGGAGAAGCCCCGAGGCAAAGCUAUACUUCCAUCAACUCGGUCAAUUCAGUCUCGAGCCGCAAGGCGCGAAGGGAGGUAUGGAAGAAUGGCGGCAUACCUGUUGUAGUGGUCCCAGACCGCCGCUCCUCGGUCAAAUCGAACAGCAAGGAACCCUCUCUCCGGUCCGUGAGUAGCCGGAAGUCUAAGCGAAGCCAGAGCUUGAACUCUGUCUCGGUAUCACAGGUUUCAAAACCCAAAGACAACGUUCCUAUAUUCGAGAGGCCCGUCCGCCGGAGUCGGACACUCUCCGAGUCGGACGGGUCUCGCUCAGGGGAUCAGCGGACAAUCGAUUUCCCACCAACUAUCCCCACGCGCUCGUCCUCGCUUUCGGCUCCCACAAGCCGAAACGCCUCUCGAACAGGCUCUCUGACCACGGAAAGCUUGAGGGCUCAUAAUGCUUUCCAGGUGCAACAGGCGCACCAUGCGCUACAGAAAGCUCAUGAAGAGAUUGAGACCCUCCAAGGCGAAACACCACUGCUCAAACGUGAUGACAACACCCAUGACGACCAGCAGUCUGAUCGAGAGUCCACCGAGACGCCCCUGCCCAUUCAGGUCGAGCGCCCCCAACCCGAAGUUACGAUUCAGCGUGUUCCUUCAACUGAAUCAAAAAAGUCCAGAGAUGAACCUCAGCCGCAGUCUUCCAAUGAACCUGAGGUUAAUGAGGAUCAUGGGCACCGGCUUAGCGUUGACCGUUAUGGAGACCCCUUUUUUGGAAAGAGGCUGUCUGUUCAGAACACGCCCUUUUCUCUAGCUUCUGUGGACACGACUGGGACUUCCCACGCUGAGGUGUCCGAGGCUAUGGCAGUCAACAUCUAUCCGCACCAGAACAAGUCGCUUAUGAUAGUCGAGCACUCUGCUCGGCCAUCAGAGAGCUCCUCCCUCGAACGCUACAAGACAUCGGAGACUGAGACUCCCACGAUCCGGGCGAUUGACGUAGACAGCGGCAGCGGCAUCCCGGUCACUCCGCCACAAACCUUUUCGAUGGAUGAUGUGGACUCUCCUCUGAGGAACCCAAGAGCACCUCCCGAGCCGCCCUCUCUUCAGUUUAUUCCAGCAACCCCAUCUGGACUGACACCCACGACGGAGAAGGAGAAAAUGCUAGGAAACUUCUUUGAGAUGGCCGAGGAAGAGCCAAAACGCGGUUUAUCGCUUUUGCGGCGUACCCUGGGCCGUCGCCGGACCUCGGAAUAUGGACCUUCUCCUCCCCGUCCCGUUGGCCUUCUCACGAGAACCUUUUCUCUGUCUAGGAGUAUUAGGAAGGGCCGCGAAGGCGAGAAAGACGAAGGGCCCGGGCUGAGGAGACACUCUACUACGGACGACGGACCGGCAGACGAAAACAGGCUCCAUCCUUUCUGGCAGCCGGCCUACAUUGAAGACUCCGACUCUGACCCGGAAGAUUGGUAUGAGGAGACACCCGUCGACCGAACGUACAAAUACCCGACCAUUGAUAACCGCCCGGCUUUACCCCGCCGGGGCUUGAGCGCUCGCAUGAAGAAAACUUUCGCCAUACUACCCUCUCGAGACGAGUACGAGGACACCAGUGCCACACGCGAUGCCCCGGAGCGUAGGACGAUCCGGCGCACGCCGAGCGGUAAUCUGCGUGUGAUGAAGUUUCGGAGGAGCAUGGAGUCCCUGACACGACCCCCGUUGCAUGACGAGAGGCCGUAUACAGCGCCGGAGCAGAAAGAUGGCGGCGGCCGACACCUUCGUUUCUGGCGAUCGCCAAGUCUCUCUAGGGCGGCAAGGGGCCCAAAGAAGAGGGCGUCAGCUGAGUCGGUGAAGAAGAGUGGAAGCGAUUUCUUGCCUUCGCUCGGCAAGCGCAUCAACUUUCCCCGCCGGAUGAGCGAGCGUCGGCGUGUGAAGAGAACCGAAGAGCUGCGCCGAAUGAUAAGCGGGCCUCGGGAGGUUAGGGACGGUGUAGGAGACGUGAUUCGCCGGACUAGCUACCGGGAGACGUAUUAUGAGCAGCAGCAGAAGCAACAACUGCUACUGCUGCAGGAACAGCAGGAGCGACGUUUCUGA